AGCUGAAUUGCCUCAUAUUAAACGGGCAAACCUUUCCCUUGAAAAUUAUUUCACUCAUGUCGCUUGAGGAGACGGUCUUAAAGUCAGACGUAACACAGGCAUUGCCAUUGCCGUUUCGAAAUGAAGUUAUACGCAAGACUCGCUGUCGCGCUUACGGUUAUACGUUUUGUAAAACCUAAACUCGUAUUACCCUCUUGUGCACAAGCAUGUUUAACAACCAACGCAGACGUCUUCACCGAUGGUACGAGUGUGUGCAGCCUUCUUGAUAGAGACUGUCAAUGUACCAACGAGGAGUACCUCAGCACCGCGCACUGCUGUUUGCACGAGCAGUGCUCCGACUCGGACCGCAAAAAGGCAGAAGAGUACUCAAGGUCGUAUUGUAGGCAUGCUGGCCACUCAAUGCCAUCCGGCAUCGUGUGCUCCACUGUUGCCAGCUCGUCUGCCGACCUGCAGUCUUCUGAGACGUCUGCUCCCGAACAAAGCAGCAUGACGGAAAUUGGCAGCAUUGCGACAGCGGAGAGCACAACUGAAGAGAAUAGCGGCUCAGAGACGGCGACCAAGUCUGCCUCAGAGCCUUCAAGUUUGCCAACAUCUGACGGAACCGCUGGCUCUUCGAGUACCUCCUCGGAAACGACCAAGGACAACCACGCCCUGACUCUUCAGCUUGGACUGGGUCUGGGCAUCGGCCUGGGAGUGCCACUGGUUAUCGCAGUCAUCUAUCUCGCGCUUCUCCAGAGGAAGAAGCUCAAACAGCAGGGAACACUAAACAACCAGGAACCUCAAGUAUCUUUUUACCAAGCCCCUCCGCCUCAGGGAUUCUCUCCUCUUGGCUAUCCACCCUCAAGCCAUCUACCACAGGGUUCUCAAGUCUCGAGUCCUCAGGUCCAGGCCCAUCAAGAGCAAUUCGAGCCUCACAAGUACGAGCAUGAAAGUAGCGGAGGUGUCGAAGGUUUAAACAGGAAUCAAUAUGAAAUGAUGGGAAAUAUACCCCCGCCAAGGCAUGAACUGCCUUCUAACAACCCAGAGACAUGUGGCGAGCUUCCUCCAGAUACUCGGCCACACAAUGAGCUUCCUUAGGUCGUUGGUAGAAUUAAGAAAUCACUUCAUGGAGUCGUUACAACGUAUAUUACUGGAGCAUGAAAAAGCUGUAUAAUACAAUACAAUACAAUACAAUUUAUUACGCCCGGCGGCCUGUUCUGACCGAAAGGGC